UUCCAGGGCAGAGAAAAUAAAACCAUCGGAAAACAAACUCAAUUCGACUGGGAGCCAGAGACCAAGCGAGCGAGCCAGGAGUUUGCAGCUGGAGGGUCGAGGGCAGGAGCUUCGCCCAGUCCCCCGGGGAGGGAAAGCAGAGAACAGACAGACUGUUGUGAACCAUGGAGAGAAGAGAACAGCGCAGCAGUGGUCAAGAAAGUAAUGAGGCCAAGACUGAAGCCAGCAGCCAUGAUGGGUCCUCGCACAUCAUCACGAUUGUUUUCUUGAUGCUUCUCAUUGAUCUGCUUGGGUUUACUCUCAUCUUACCGCUGCUGCCUUCCAUACUGGAAUAUUAUGGAAAGACUGAUCACGAUGGUAUUUAUCAAUCCUUGCAGCAUUCUGUGGUCUGGUUUGCUGAUAUGAUCGGGGUUCCCAGUGUAAGAAAAUAUAACAGCGUCCUCUUUGGGGGGCUCAUUGGAUCCAUGUUCUCUGUGCUGCAGUUCCUUGUGUCCCCUGUGACUGGUGCUGCCUCUGAUCAUUUUGGCCGAAGACCGUUGAUGAUGCUGACCACGGUCGGGCUGAUUGCUUCCUACGCUCUAUGGGCUUUCUCCCAGAACUUUGGGAUUUUUCUCCUGUCUAGAAUUGUUGGAGGGAUUAGUAAAGGGAAUGUCAGCCUGUCAACCGCCAUCAUUGCAGAUCUCCCAUCUCCACGGGCCCGCAGCAAGGGCAUGGCAAUGAUUGGUGUCGCGUUUUCACUUGGUUUCACGAUUGGGCCUAUGAUUGGAGCAUACUUUGCGUCGAGCACUGGAAAGGAUGGCAGCUUCUUUUUGCAGACAGCACAGCUUGCCUUGGUAUUUGCGGUGUCAGACCUGAUCUUCAUCUUCCUCUUCCUCCCAGAGACCCUCCCCAGACAGAAGCGGGGCACCUCCAUCUCCGCCACGUUCCAGAAUGCCAUCGACCUCCUCAGCCCGGUGGCUCUGCUUAAGUUCUCUGCUGUCCAACAACGGGCCGAGUUUCCCUCUCCAGAAGGGAUGCGGACAUUGAAAAUUCUCGGACUGGUGUAUUUCCUCUACCUGUUCUUGUUCUCAGGCCUGGAGUACACACUCAGUUUUCUCACUCACCAACGUUUCCAUUUUAACAGUAUGCAACAAGGGAAGAUGUUCUUCUUUGUGGGGAUUACAAUGGCAUUGGUCCAGGGCGGAUACGCUCGAAGAAUCAAGCCUGGCGAUGAGGUGAAAGCUGUGAAGAGGGCAAUUGCCCUGCUGAUCCCAGCAUUUCUUAUCAUUGGCUGGGCCAACACUGUACUUGUCCUGUACGUCGGUCUUCUCUUCUACUCAUUCGCUGCUGCAAUAGUCAUUCCCUGCCUGUCUGCUCUGGUGUCUGGAUACGGUGCAGCUAAUCAAAAAGGCACUGUGAUGGGAAUUCUUCGCAGUCUGGGUGCUUUGGCCCGAGCUUUGGGACCAGUCGUGGCAGCUACUGUUUACUGGCUGGCAGGGGCAGAGGUGUGUUUCACUGUCACCAGUUUCACCUUCUUGAUCCCACUUGCACUUCUUACAAUUCCCAAAGUGAAGAAAACAGAAUGAAGACCAAAAGGAAUGAACUGGCCAUGUAAACCUUAGUGAGAACUACACUGGAUUCACACCUGGAACAACAGCAGUCUUUAAAGAAAUCCUAAAGUAUGUAAUACUGUAUACUUGCUCCAAUGGAAGUAUCAAGCAACUGAAUAUCAGGAAAAAUGUUUUAACAAAGGACAAUGGUAACAUUGAGAAUAUAGUGAAUGGUUCCACAGUAAGUGACUUGAGAGUUCAACAAUGAUAACAACGUGGUCAAAGGUUGUUAAUAUUUCCCUUCCUCAGAGCCACAUGUGUCAGUUAUACUUUGCUCCUUGGGUGGGACUCUGCUGUCAUUUCGGUGCUUUAAUGGAGCUUCAGCUUUAUCACAGUUAUAAACUAUAAUUUGCAAGAUUAGGUAAUGCAUCCUCCAACUCUACUCUCAAUACAAGAUCAAACUAAAAUGGUAACACAUUUUUCUCACCAUUGAUGCUACUUGAUCUGUUAUGUUUCCUGCAUUUCCCAUUUUAUUUCAGCAUCCACAGAACCGGUGCUCCAGUUCUAGGUUCAUUGUUUAUUUUUAGCCCUGGAUGCUGCCUAUAAUAUCCUAUUAGAGGGGAGCUCAGAUCUACCUGAACCAAUUUGCAACUAGGUAUGGACAGACAGCAUACCGUUUUCCACAUUGGUUUCAGAGACACAGAGUACAGUCUGAGGCAAGUUGCUAUUCGAGCAGCAAGAUCCAUAUAAUUAUGUUAUACCUCAAAGUUUCCUAUUUAAUGGCAUUGAUACUGAUACUAAUCAAUAUGGAAUCCAAAAUAAUACAGGAUAUUAGUAUUUAGUAUGAAUAGUUGAAAAACUAAACAGGCAAAUGACAAGGAAAGGAAUUUACCAGAGAUAGAAUUGGGAGCGAUACAUUUACCAAAUUACUGAACUCCUUUGAAGGAAUUAAAAAUCUCAUGUGAACAUGAGAAACACUGAUUUUGUAAAUUGUAUCUCAUUUUGCAAAAAAAACUGUCAAACUGGGCUACCAUUCCAAAGUUGAGCAUCAUUGCUGUAAUUGACAAGAGGAAUGGACAUGGGAUUGGUCUGAUCUGUAAAGUUUCAGCUAUUUGUACCUUCACUACCAUAGCAAUUGCAAAUGUGCCUUGUUAGGCCUCAUACUAAAGUAUUACUGAGGGACUGCUGCACCAUCAUUUCUCAUCCCAAAAUUGACAAAUUAUGCCUUCAACUAAGAUUUAAGCUCAAAUUCUCUCUCAACUUCUGCCCAGCUACCUCUUUUCCAAUACCUUUUGUACAAAGCUUUCAGUCACCCCAUCUAACAUUCCUUCCUUAGCUUGAUAUAAAUGCCUGAUUCAGUUUCUUUCCAAAUAUACCAUACAGACAGCUGAGUAUUCCAGCAUCUGCAAUAUUUUAUCUGUUUUUUAAAUUUGUUAGCUGAUCAUGUAAUCAGUACCAAAGAUUCAAUGAUUUGACAACAUAGCCUCAUGCAACAACUGUUUUGAAUUACGAUUAUUGCAGUGUUAUCAGAAAGCUCCAACUGCAUUAAAAUUACAGGUUUCAAAGUGAAAUGUGUGAUAUGUUAACUUGUGGGGAUUAAUCAUGAAACCAACUGCCCAUAUAAAAUUUGCCACUUCAUCUUAUAACUAAAAUGAUAAAUGUACAUGUAUAUUGUGGCUGUUUAUUGCUGUAUUUUGAUAUCAAACUGAAAUACUGUAGUUGCAU